AUGACACGUUAUAGCGAAGACCUUCAUCAUUUUGAGCACAAACUUAAAAAUACGUUUGAUGAUUUCUUGAAAAAAAUUGGAUUGUAUAACAGUGAUGAUGAAAAUAGAGAAGGCAAUUGCAAUGAGAAGCGAAUUAUUUACUUCAGUCCAAGGCUGGAUUUCCACGAAAAUGAUAAGGAAUAUGUGAUUCUUACCGAAUUACCUGGUAUUGAAAAAGAAGAAAUACGUGUUGAGCUUAAAGAUGAUGAUCGUGUUCUCAAUAUUUCCGGUGAAAUAAAACAGGAUGAAAAGUUAGAAAAAGGAAAAGCUCAUCUUUUAGAACGUCGUUAUGGGCGUUUCCAUCGAUCUAUUGUUUUAUCCGAAAAUGUCAAUCCAGAUGGUAUCACUGCUAAUUUUCAUGAUGGAGUUUUGAAACUUAUCAUUCUUAAACAAGAGCCUACCAAAACCAAGAAAGUUUCGAUUCUGUAA